GCAAAGAUGGCAUCCGGCGUGGGACGGUCUGCUAGUGUCUUGCGAGCUUUUGUGAGCAAUUUUUCUUUGAGGACGCUUUCAAAUGAACACUUUUUGUCUGGACUGCGUUGUGUAUCCUGUCUUCACAAAAGAGGUUAUUCGACCCCAGCCCCCACUGUGAGAGCUCAGUAUGGAGGGAGGCAUACUGUCACACUGAUGGCAGGAGAUGGAGUGGGUCCGGAACUCAUGGGACAUGUUAAGCAAGUUUUCAGGUAUGCAGGUGUCCCUGUGGACUUUGAAGAGAUUCGCUUGGACCGAGAGCACAACGAUUCAGAAGCCUUCAGACAAGCUUUGCUGGCAGUGAAGAGAAAUGGUACAGCCCUGAAGGGGAGCGUAGAGACAGGAAUAGAUUCUCCAACUGGUUCACUAAAUGCACAGUUGAGGACAGAGCUGGAUCUGUUUGCCAGUGUGAUCAAAGUUCAGUCCAUCCCAGGUGUACAGACUAGGCAUGACAACAUUGAUGUGGUGAUUAUCAGAGAAAACACAGAGGGAGAAUACUCUAACCUGGAACAUGAGAAUGUCCCUGGAGUAGUUGAGAGCCUGAAGAUCAUCACAGCUGCCAAGUCCACCAGAAUUGCCAGAUAUGCCUUUAACUAUGCUGUAGAACAUGGAAGGAAAAAAGUCACUGCAGUGCACAAGGCCAAUAUCAUGAAACUUGGGGAUGGUCUGUUUUUGGAAUGUUGCAGAAAGGUUUCAGAGGAAUUUCCACAAAUAGAAUUUGAGUCCAUGAUCAUUGAUAACUGUAGUAUGCAGAUGGUGUCCCGCCCCCAGCAGUUUGAUGUGAUGGUGCUCCCCAAUCUGUAUGGUAACAUAGUGGGGAAUAUAGCAGCUGGACUGACAGGGGGACAGGGAGUGGUGCCUGGCAUGAAUAUAGGAGAGAAUUACGCCAUCUUUGAGUCUGGCACUCGUAACUCAGGGCGCUCUAUUGCUGGCAAGGACAUUGCUAACCCAGCUGCCAUGCUGCUGGCCAGUGCAGAUCUGUUGGAACACAUUGGUUUAAAGAGCCAUUCGGAACUAAUAAGAGAUGCUGUAAUAAAAGUCAUUGUUGAGGAUAAGAUCCACACCCCAGACCUUGGCGGUCAAGCCACCACAGUACAGGUUGUUCAGGCUGUGAUAGGACACGUCAGGGAGAAGACAAAACAAUGAUUUUAACACUGAGCACUUCCUGUUGAGCAUUCCCUGUUUUGUGUACUGCGCCUCAUCUCAUACAUUUCUUCUUGUUUCCUGCUCCUUCAAGGAUCGGCCCAGAUUUCGAGGUGGAGGGAGUGUAGACGGCUUGGUAACAUAGUUAUAUAUGUAGUGGUAACAUGGUAUAGCUGGCACAUGGUAACAUGGUAACACAAACAUGUACAGCACUCACUUGGUAACGGCCAAAAGAAAUGGUAACACAUAACAUGACAGCUAAUACACUGUAAUUACUCUCAAAAUUAAAUCAGAAUUGAUGAAUUUCAUUUUCAGAAAAAAACUUUUCUAGAUAAUACCAGAAAAGGUUUGUUCAAAUGUUUUCAAAACGGAGCAUGUUUUAGCAAGAAACCAAAAGUAAAAUCUUGAAAAUAAAUGAAGACAAAUCAAUUGAGGUGUUUGAACUGGGAUUCCAGGUUUGAAUUUUGUGAAUAAUUACCUUGACAUUUAACAACACAACAUUGACAUUUGCAAUAACAUAGAUUGUGGUAGCUACUACACUUCUAAGAUUUACAGUAAAAUAGUAUAUACGUAUACAAAUAUAAUAGUAAACAGUGCAACACUACAUGUAUGUGAUGCAUGCAAUAUCAUUAACAGCUUUUAGCAGUAUAAUGGUAACAUAGUUUAAUAUUUAACUAACUCAGACAUGUAUACCAUUUCACCAAUUAAUGCUAUUUCAUGCUAUUAUUGAACCUUUCUAAUACCAUAUCUAAAGGUGCACUGACAAUGAAGAUAGGUAGGUCCUAGUUAAGUGGGCUCUCACCAUAGGCAGCAAGUGAGUCCUUUUUUCCCCAAAUUAAGUCAUGUUAUGCCCAGCAGAGGACAUGGUGGUCAACGAAAAAUGGAGGGAAUCCACUUUCUGCCUAUGAUGAACUUAUUUGAAUGAAACGGCUCGAUGGAGAAGGGUUAUACAAAGAAAGGUCUAUCUAUCUUCAGUGUUAAUGAUGCCUCACAUGCUUUUGAGUCUUAAUAAGCAAAUAGUGUCACACAUUUGGUGGGGCAGACAUAAAAACAAAUAUUAUAAAUGAAGUCAGUAUUGACUUCGUAAUAGACAAAACGGGACUCAACUUUUUGGUAACUGUACUUCUUAACACCAUUAGAUCCCUUACCAUGAAUGGAUGUGGGCUUUUAACAUUACAAAAAGUUAUUUGAAUUGAAUUGAAAUACCAGGGAAAUUGUUUAUUAUUUUUAAUUUAUUUUUAUGCAGUCUCAUUGUGUGUUGGGUUACAUUGUAUAUACCGGAGCACAAUUUGUAGCUCUGGUGGUGCAUUGAGCGUCUUUGAUCAGCAUUGUUAUUAAUUAAGUUUAAAGAUGUGGUAUUAAACAUGGAUAUCUUUCUUUGAAAGUUCAUGUGUUUGUAGUACUUACAUUGUAUAGAAGUUAAGUGUGCACAUUUUGUACAUAUUUGAAAUUAAUAAAGUUGCACACAGUUUCAUGUUUUUCUGCAGGUGUAUAGAGCAAUGUGGGUUUGGUCCAAAGAAUAAAGUUUACAGUUUUUUUGUAAAAUUAUACUACAGUCUUAUAAAAUGAUACUUAUUAGUUACUUGCACAGAAAUAUAUGGGAUGUACUUUUUUAUCUGGGUUAUCACACUACUGGACUUGUAAUAUUAGUAGAGCAAAAUAUCUCAAGCUUAAUGACAUUGGCCAAAAAUCGAACAUUUAUUUAUUAUUAAUAUAAUCAGUCUGAUGUUGAACUGACAGAUUGUAAAUAUUUAUAUUAUUCAGCAUUAUU